CGGUGCAGCCGCCCCGUGGGCAGCCGGGCGGUCCGGCGGGUGCGGCGAGCGGGGUCCUCUGCCUGUGGGCCAUAAAGGGCCGGGCAGGGGUGGCGCGGCACUGCGGCACCGGGCGCCCGGCGGGUGGAUGCGGCAGCGGGGAGCGGCGGCAGCUGGUGGGAGCGGCGGCAGCUGGUGGGAGCGGCUCCUCCCACCGCCGCCGCCUCCUCCGCCGGCGGCUCUCGGUAGCGUCUCUCCAGCCGGCGGCAGCGCGGCCCUGCCUCAGCAUGGCUCUCCCCGGGGCGCUCGCUUGCCUGUUGGUUUGAAGUCACUGAGUGAGGAAGAAGGCAAGCAACUGAGUGAAUGUGAUUUCCAAGCUAAGGGCAAUGACACACAGCUGAGUAUCCAUUGUGUUUCAAAUAAUUGUCUGUCUGACUGUGCAGCCGAGAUGCCCCGGCAGUUUCCCAAGCUGAACAUUUCAGAGGUUGAUGAGCACGUGCGGCUCCUGGCAGAGAAGGUGUUUGCCAAAGUUCUGCGAGAAGAAGACAGCAAAGAUGCGCUGUCACUCUUCACCGUGCCUGAAGACUGCCCUAUUGGGCAGAAGGAGGCCAAGGAAAGGGAGCUGCAGAAGGAGCUGGCAGAACAGCAGUCAGUGGAAACAGCUAAAAGGAAGAAAAGUUUCAAGAUGAUUAGAUCCCAGUCUUUGUCCUUACAAAUUCCAUCUCAGGAAUGGAAAACACCACCGGCCAAUCCUGUCCUGUCUCCUGCAACGCCAGUUCUUCCAAGUGCUUUUGUGCCAGUCCAAGUGCCAUAUGAUGUACCAGAAUUUCAGAGAGUUUCAAUUAGUGGGGACUACUGUGCAGGGGUGACAGUUGAUGACUAUGAACAAGCUGCCAAGAGCCUGGUAAAAGCUCUUCUCAUUCGAGAGAAGUACUCCCGUCUUGCCUACCAUCGCUUCCCAAGAACAACAUCUCAGUACCUGUGCAGCAUGCGGGAUCAAAAAUGGAAGGUUGAAGAUGAGGUGCAUCCAGAUUUCCAUUCACCCCCAGAAGAAAAUGAAGAUCCUUAUAAUCUCAAUGAUGCUCCAGACAAUUUGGAUUAUGUUAUCAAGCUAAAGGGUGGCAUUCCCUUCGUUUAUGAUAAUAAAGAGAUGAUGGAGCUCAGUGAGCCUCGGAGUUUGCCAUAUCCUGACCUGCAGACCUACACCCUUGACCUGAGCCACGUUCUUGCUCUAAUUGCAGAUGGCCCAACAAAAACAUACUGUCAUCGGAGGCUUAACUUUUUAGAAUCUAAAUUUAGUUUACACGAGAUGUUGAAUGAAAUGUCGGAAUUUAAAGAACUAAAGAGUAAUCCCCAUCGAGACUUCUACAAUGUUAGAAAGGUUGACACUCAUAUCCAUGCUGCUGCCUGCAUGAACCAGAAGCAUUUACUGAGGUUUAUUAAGCACACGUAUCAAACGGAGCCUGACAGGAUUGUUGCAGAGAAAAAAGGCAAGAAGAUGACUUUAAAACAAGUCUUCGAAAGCCUUCACAUGGACCCCUAUGACCUCACUGUAGACUCUUUAGAUGUCCAUGCAGGACGUCAAACAUUUCAUCGAUUUGACAAAUUCAAUUCCAAGUACAAUCCAGUCGGUGCCAGUGAGCUGAGGGAUUUGUAUUUGAAGACUGAGAACUAUAUUGGUGGUGAAUAUUUUGCUCGUAUGGUCAAGGAAGUAGCCCGUGAACUAGAAGAGAGUAAGUACCAGUACACAGAACCCCGCUUAUCCAUUUAUGGACGAUCUCCAGAUGAAUGGCUGAACUUGGCAAAAUGGUUCAUUAAGCAUAAAGUUUAUUCCCCUAACAUGCGCUGGAUAAUUCAGGUUCCCAGAAUCUAUGACAUAUUUAGGUCUAAAAAUAUUCUGCCUAGUUUUGGGAAGAUGUUGGAGAACAUCUUUGUACCUUUGUUUGAAGCAACAAUCAAUCCCAAAGACCACAAGGAAUUGCAUCUCUUCCUCAAAUAUGUGACUGGCUUUGACAGUGUUGAUGAUGAAUCCAAACACAGCGGCCAUAUGUUCUCUGACAAGAGUCUUAACCCUGACCUCUGGACCAGUGAGAAGAAUCCCCCAUAUAGCUAUUAUUUGUAUUAUAUGUAUGUGAACAUCAUGUUGCUAAACAACCUUAGGAGGGAAAGAGGCAUGUGCACUUUCCUGUUUCGACCUCACUGUGGAGAGGCUGGGUCUAUAACACACCUUGUUUCUGCCUUUCUGACAGCAGACAACAUCUCUCACGGAUUGCUUCUGAAGAAGAGUCCUGUCCUUCAGUAUCUUUAUUAUCUUGCACAAAUACCCAUUGCUAUGUCCCCACUUAGUAACAACAGCCUAUUCCUCGAGUACUCAAAAAAUCCACUACGGGAAUUUCUCCAUAAGGGACUGCACGUCUCCCUCUCCACAGAUGAUCCUAUGCAGUUCCAUUACACAAAGGAAGCUCUCAUGGAAGAAUAUGCUAUUGCAGCUCAGGUGUGGAAACUCAGUACCUGUGACUUGUGUGAAAUAGCAAGAAACAGUGUUCUACAGAGCGGAUUAUCAGAUAAGGAAAAACAGAAAUUCCUGGGGGUGAAUUAUUGCAAGGAAGGGCCUGAGGGAAAUGACAUUCGAAAAACAAACGUUGCCCAGAUCCGGAUGGCCUUCAGGUACGAGACUCUGUGCAAUGAACUCAGCUUCCUGGCUGAUGCCAUGAGAACAGAAGAUAUUUCUACUCUGUCAAAGUAGUUACAAACUCAGAGAAACCAGAACAUGUCCCUUCUAAGCAGGAUAAGAUGCUAAUUAACAUCAAAUCAUCUGCCUGAUGCCACCAGGACUGAACAACACAGAAACAAAAGGAGUAUGUAGAAGGUAAACAGCGCUUGCUCUCAUCUGUUACUGCAUUAUUCUCAUCGCAAAGAUUUUGGUUUUUAUGAACAUUAGGCUUUUUAAGAUUGCUGUAAAUAUUAAAUGCAAACUCAGAAUCAUGUACUAUUUGUUUCAUACUGUCUUAACUGUGCCCUGCAGUGUAGCCUGGGAAACCAGAGAGAAUAUGCAUCUGUGCUAUGCACCUGAGGAGCCUGCAGCCCUGCAAGGCUCAGCACCAGUCAUGGCUUUUAACACUCCUAAGUUUAACCCUUUAUUCAUUAGCAGUUUGUUACGGGAUGCAGAAUUUUGAGGCUACCCSUUCAUUCUGGAAGGUAUUCUCACAGAGUUUUUAACUUUAUGUUUCAGCAGUUAUAUUGGAAAACAAGAAAAACCAGCAUCGGGUAAUCUUGUCCUAUGACUAAUUAAUUCGUGUUGUUAUGUAGGAUGUCAGCGAAGAACAGCAGAUGAGUGCUUUUUAAUCUAGCACGUGCAAAACAUGGUGUCAAAGCACAAUUAUACAUUGUAAUGAGACUAAUUAUAUAAUGAAAAUUUUGCCUUGAAAGUUGAGAACACUUUUUUAUUGCUUUGUAACAGGAAUAUGUGGAUAUGCCCAUUCAAAUGACUUAGAAAUUUAUGCAGAUAAUUCUGGUUGCAUGUAAAGAUAAAUUUUUUACUUGAAAAAGGGAAGUGUUCUUAUGAAUCAGUCAUAGAAAUGCCAGACCUGGGUUCUGGUCCUACUUCUGACAUAUUUUUACACAUUUGUUUUAGUCUGUAUUUUAGUCGACUACAGCUGAAUGGGAAGUCAAGCUGUCUAUUUAUACAGAAGCCAGCCCACUUGAAAUCUGUCAUUUCAAAUCAUGGUAUGUUAUGUUAAACUAUUUAUUUAGGAGGAAGUGGUUAGUAAAAUACAGCUACUGGAGUAUUUAUGACUUUCAAUCUUUUUUCAAUUUCAUUAUCCUUAAGACACAGUACUACUACUUCAGAAAGUAUUCAAGGUAAUAUGAUAGCACAUAUGUACGGUAGAAGCUGCACAUGGUUUCACACAAAAAAAAAAAAAAAAAAUGGAGGCCACAGGCAGCAGAGAGUGUGGAUGCCUGUGAAUCCAGCAUUGCACUACUCAGUUCAAAGGCUUGAAGUCCCUGAGGUCCUGCAGGCAGGAUCUGAGCCCAGGGUUAGAGGCCUGGCUCUCUAAUAUCCUGCAUAGGGACACCAGGCUUCUUCAAACAGGCAUUCAGUAUUAAUACAUAAAGAGCAGAUAACUGAUACUGGCCCAUCAGGCUUCACCUGACCUUGAACCCUGCAUGUUGUGCUACAUCAGAUGUCUUGUACCACUUGCACUUCCUGGGCCAGGCCCUUCUCCUGGGUCUUGGGCUCCUACAGCCUUUCAAAAGCUGAGGUCUCACUUUCCCUUGCAAAUGCAGCCAAAAGUGGCAGAGGUGAUACCACCAGUACCAGACAACUCCUUAAUGGCAUGAAUGUAUGUAUAUACAUACAUACAUACACACACACACACACACACACACACACAUAUAUAUGCAUUGAAGACACUCUCCUCAGGCUAUGGCAAAGAGAUAGUUUAAAAAGCUGUCCCUGUAGGUAUCUCUUUGAUGUCCCUGCUGUUCUGAAUGGAGAUUGUAAGGAAAAAGCACUAAAGUAGGGAAGGAAUUCCUUAUCACCUCCUCCAGCUGUGUGGCCUUGCAAGAACCCCUUGAGAGAGAGAAAGCUAAAGAUGUUAGGAAGCAGCCUGGAAUUAAGGCUGUUCCAAAGGAAUCCAAGGCACAGAAGGGAGAGUUCUGGCCACCGACUCACCAUCACAGUUAGCCAGUGUCAUGCAGAGGGAGCRGCAGUGAUUACAGAGGUUUUUCAUCCAAAACCAGGGCUGCAGACAGGACAUGGGAAUUUGUCUUCAGCUCUUCAGUGCUCCAGCCUAAUAUCUGCAAUGUGGCAGAUUUUGCAUUCCUUGUACACCUAAAAAUCAUGUGAAAUCACAUUAUGCUGCCCAGCUAUAUGAGAAUAAAAUUGUCCCAAGUUCUCAAGUCAGCAGCCCUGUCAGCCUCACUGUUAGGAACUUCAGCAGUUCAUAGAAUGCUAUCUCAGAAUUGGUGUCAUUUGCUUAGGAUGAAGUUUGAGAAAGUGGUUUAAGCUGUUUAGCUGCAUAAAAUGAAAAUACCUUGUUUUCAUCACUAUAACCUCCUAAUAGUUAUCAAUGUAACAUUAUUUGGGAAAAAAAACAUCUGCAUCCAGGCUAAAUAAGCAACAUGCUUGGUAUGAAAAAUUUCAGUUGUAUUUCCAUCUGAUAAAUAUUGCUUUACUUGGGUUGUUUCAACUGAAGAUUGCUGUUAGUGCUGCUUUUGUUGUCACUUACGUUUCUUAUUUAGUUUCCUUAAAAUUACACCAAAUUUAUAUAUGUUUAAUACCUUUUCAGCUUUCCUUACCUCAGGUUCUAGUAGGUCUGUAGCUAUUACUAAAAAAAGCCAAACUGGAUUUGAAUAUUCAGUGAAUGGACAGUAAUUGGGAUUCUGACAAUAACCACAGUAACACAUAAGUGGUCAUGACCACAAGUUCUGCUUUCUGUGCUUUCUUGCGUGCUGCUUUUAAGGGGAAAUUGGGCUUGUAGUAUUAUAUUUGAGGAACUAUAAACAGACAUACUUUCAAGCUUCCACUACUACAUUUCUCCUGGACAUCCUUCAAUUAGGCAAAAGUUACUGAUUCCCAAGUUCAGUUCUUAAGCUUCGCCUUGUUUUCUUUUUUAAAGUUGCACUUCUGUGCUAAUGUGAGUCUGUUCAGAGUAACCUUACGGUCUCAGGCUGUGGCUAGAAUGAAAAUGUAGAUCCAGCACGAGUCAGUGCUGCGCACACAGACACCAGUGCAGAACAGGGCAGUGGCUGAUCCCCGCUGACAGCACUGAGGUCAAACCUGGUUAGAACACAGCUGACUCAAACAGAAAGGGGUGGAAAGAACAUCACUGCAGCUUGCAAUUGGUGCUGCAGGAUGAAAGAAUAUCCUACUUUCUUUUAACCUCACUGGGAGUAAGGUCCAAACAUUAUUCAAGGUAUCCUUAAAUCUGUUGGCUAAAAAGCCUUUUAUACUUUCAAUAUGAGUUCAUUAUGUUUACUUGAUGUUUAUAACCUAUCAAUCUGAACAGUUCUUUUCUGUUCUGUUACUUUAGCAAGCUUAAGGCAUUUGCUCUGCUACUGGACAAUACAUUUUUUUCUCAGCCUAAAGCCACCUUAUUGUCUCAUAUCAUUGUUCCUUAUGUGUGGCUAAACAUCUCUUCUCUUCACCUAGUUAAAAUUCAAGUCUGAAAAGGUGUCUGUAAAAACUGCUUUUUCUUUCUGUGCCUGGGUUACAUGAUGUUUAUCUUUUGCCUCUUGUGGAAGCAUUAAACAUUACACUAAUAAAUGAAUUG